AUGACUGAUGCCAAAGACGGCGUUUCGCUGUACAAUCACACGUCUGGCUCCUCUGUUACUCCUGAUGACACAGCUGACGCUCUCGCUCGCUCACAGUGGCAGACGCGUGAUGCUGCUGCGCGCCUCGCUAUUUGCAACCACUUACCGAUCACUGAGCGCGCGCACUUUAGCCAGCACAAGACAGCCAAGGCACUGUACACUGCCGUAGUCGCCCGCUACUCUUCCCCAGCCACUGCAGCCCUAAAUCGUCUUCUCCUACCCUACCUGUUCCCCGACCUGUCCUCGUUUACCACCGCUGAGGACCUCAUCUCUCACCUUCGCGCUAGUGACGCUCGCUUUCGUGCCGCCUUUCCGGACGAGUUCCUCGCCGAGACCCCCCCCCCCCCCUCCCCGAUGUACUUUACUCUCUACUUCCUCGUCACCCGCCUCCCUGACACUCUUCGCUCAAACAUUCUCGCUGUAGAUGCUGCUCGUGGCACUCCUCGCACUCCCCUCUUUGAGGGAUGCUCCCCCUCCCCUCUUGCCCCCUCCUACGCCUCUGCUGCUACUGCUGUCGACUUCCUUGGUGCUGAGGAGGUCGGGGCUGCUUCCGCUCCUAGUGGGAAGCGCCGCAGCGCCAGGGGCAGCAGGGGUGGCAGGGGUGGUGGAGGUGGCGGUGGAGGGGGCGGUGGUGGAGGCGGCGGGGGAGGUGGAGGUGGUGGGGGUGGUCGUGGGGGUGGAGGUGGUGGUCGGGGCGGCGGUGGUACCGAGAGCAGUAGAGGUGGCAGCGGCAGUAGUGGGGGAGGAGGGAGCGGUGGUGGCAGCGGUGGUGGGGGCUGGAGUGGGACUGGCCAGAAGGGGGGCUCCAGUGGUGGCCAGGGGCAGCAGCAGCAGCAGCAGCAGCAGCCGCAGCAGCAGCAACAGCAGCGUCAGCGCUAG